AUCCUGCUGACAGUUCUAACAUUUCCAUAUUAGAUUUCACUAGAAGCGUCGGUUUCACUUUGAGAAAUUUCAAGGCGUUUUCUGGGUGUUUCAACGGCUUCAGCAAACAUGGAGAGGAUUCUGAUCGUUUUGUUGCUCUUUACCACUAUCCAUUAUGCAUAUUCAGCGGACCAAAUCAAGUUUAGAUGGUGCGCCUUGUCUGCUGAGAAAGACAAGUGUAAUGAAUUUAAAGAUAAGGUAAUGGCGGUGGCUAAAAACCUGACGUUGUCAGUGAAUGCAAGCUGCGUCGACGGAAGUAGCACCGACGAUUGCAUACAAAAAAUCAACAACGACGAGGCCGACCUGGUGACCCUGGAUGGUGGAGACAUUUACGCGGCUGGGAAAUUACACGGUUUCAAAGUCAUUGUUGCUGAACAGUACGGAGAAUACGGGGUUAAGUAUUUUGCAGUCGCUGUGGUAAGAAAGAAAAACACAGGCUUUGACAUAAAGAGCCUCAAAGGGAAGAAGUCUUGUCACACUGGAGCUGGAAGAACCGCAGGUUGGAAAGUGCCGGUAGGAUUUUUGCUUCGGGUAAAGAUUAUGCCGUCUGUGGCCUGUGGAGAUGAGUACAACUCUUACUUGUCGGCUGCAAAGUUCUUCAGUGAAAGUUGUGUUCCAGGUACCAAAGCUAAAGUGUCGGCAAGCGUCUAUGAAAAGGUUAGUAACCUCUGUAAUCUAUGUGCUGGCCCGGAGAGUGACAAGUGUACUAUAAACAUGGAAAAAAAUAAAUACGUCGGUUAUCAUGGAGCCUUCAAGUGCAUGGCGGAUGGAAAAGGUGACGUUGCUUUUGUGAAAUACACAACCACAAAGGAGGUGACUGAUGGAGGAAAAUACGGGAAACCGGGAGAUUACCAGUAUCUUUGCCCUGAUGGAGGAAGAAAGGAUGUUGGAGAGCACAAGGAAUGCCACCUCGGAGCAAAUCCUGCCCAUGCUGUGGUCACAAAGAAGGACAACCCUAACAUCGAAGUCAUCGUCAAAAUUUUGAUAACCAUGUGUGAAAAGUAUGGAGAGAACCAGACAGACUGGAAUAAGUUCCAGCUAUUCAACUCCUCGAAGUACGGCGGCAGCAAUUUGCUCUUUAAAGAUUCAACAACCUCAUUGAAAGCUCAAGCUGCAGAUAAGCAGGACUUCAUGGACUACCUUGGAAAAAAGUAUGGGGAAAAUGUGGAUUCCCUGACUCAGUGCGACUACAGUUCAACCACCGCGCCUACAACCCUCUCCGCUUCUACGGUGUUCCUGCCCGUCUACCCGCUGUUGCUUUUCACAGCCUUGCUGAACAUGCUCAUAUAACGCGAGCUUUGAAGCGUGCUUAGGUAGUGAUGAAGCUGAUUAUUAAUAAGUCGUUAGGUCAUUAGGGUAGUCCUUUUUCUAGUUCGUGAACGGUAAUUGAAAAGUUAGCAGAGGGAGACCAUGGCCAUUGUGAGCUCUAGCCGCGCUUUUAUCCUUUCUUGUCAAAACGUAGCUGCGAAAGCAAGGAAAAUGUUGUUGAGCCCAGAUUAUCCUUUCCUUUUUUGGGGGCUAUACCAUUCAAAACUCAUUCAGUUUUGCCUGUCAUUGUUUGAGAGUAGAUUUUGUGUUGCUUAUUGAGAGAUCGACAAGUUUAAAACACUGGAAAAGAUCGAGAGGAUAAAGAUCAAAUAGGUAGCCAUCAAUAUUUUUUGCAUUACCAAGGAAUGUCUCCACUUUUCAGAGUCAACUUUGCUUCCUUGUAAAAUUUGCUUUUAGCGUUCAAUGCAGUUCUUUAAUCAUAUAAUCCAGCCAGCUUCAAAGAAAUCACCGCGCAUGACUGUAUUAGUGUCGAAUUGAUUGCGGUCAGAUCUUUUGUUCGGCUUGGUAAGCUCUCGUCUGAUGUCCUAUUAUUACGUGUGAAAGAACCUCACGCGAUGAUAGACAAGCGUGGCUCUCUCCAGUCUCUCUCCCAAAUUUACCUCGCGUGUUUUUGCUAGCUUUUCUCUUAUUUCACAGCUUCUGUUUCCGCCAGGACCCGUUCCGCGGGGGCUACACUCGUGAUCCAGCUGCUGUGCGUGUUUUAGAGCAACAAAAUCAACAGCCAUAUAGCGCAAAAUCUCUUGAUUACGUUAUGUCUCCAGUUUUCGUAGCACACCAUGUCAGUUUCAGAUUGUGUAUCGAGAUGUUACAUAAAAGGCAGUCAGAGAAAAAGUUUUACCCCGCGGUAUUUUCAGUUUUAACAUGAUUCCAGGCCACUGGGCCGUGACGAUGUACGUAGAAAACAAGAUGGAAAAAAAAUUUCUUUUAAGCACAAGAAACACUAGAAGAGAUUAGAAAGUAAGACAUUUGAACUAUCAGUGGCUUCAGAUCUCGAAAUAAAGUUUUUGUUCUUAAUC